AUGGAGAUAUAUCUUCGUUGUUCAAGGCUCACCUGGCUUAUCGUUGUCGAUCUUCCGGACUCGAAGCGGAACAAGUUUUUGACUGAAGAAGAGAAGGAAGUCUUGCGACAGAGGCUCAUCUCGGAGCGUGGGGACGCUGAAGCUGGAAAGGUGACUUUCAACGUCAUUGCUCAUGCUUGCAAACAGUGGCACAUUUGGGCAGUGUGUCUCAUCUACAUGGGCGGCGCAUCCGGCUUAUAUGCGUUCCUCUUCUUCCUACCCGUCAUUCUAAUGAAUAGCUUGGGCUUCUUCCAGGUUCAAGCAUUCUGCCUCACUGCUCCCCCUGCCGCAUUUGCAGUGAUAGUUAACCAGUUCACCUCUUGGGCUGCCGACAAAACCCGUAUGCGAGGCCCUUAUGCUUUUUUGGAGUGCAUUGUCGCCAUAGUCGGCCUCGCAAUGACCGGAUUUCUUACGAACCCGAUUCCUCGAUACAUCAGAACGUUCCUCGGCAUGGGUGGCACCACAGCUUUGAUCUCGACGACACUCGCUUGGGCGCAAAACAACGUCUUCAGCGACGCCGACCGCAGUGUCAUUACCGUAAUUCAGGUUUGCCAUGCUGCCCUCGGUGGCAUAUACUCUGCACUUGUAUUUCGACAACAGGUUGCUCCUAACUAUGUACCUGGUAUCAUCGGAACCGGCGGUCUGUUUCUUCUGGGUGCCAUUACGACACCCGUUACACCUUGGCUUCUUUGGAAACUAAACAAGGAGGCGGAUUGUGGGAAGAGAGUCGGACAUAACGAGUCCUUUCGAUACACAUGGUAA